AUGCCUGCAAAAUAUUCUCAUGUCAAGAAACGCCCAAACAACCCUUCGCUAAAGAAGAAUCUUCCGAACGGCACCACCACCAACAGUACCGCCAACCAUUCAUCUCUGAAGGAAGGACAACAUGGCGGUCGCGGACAUGAUCAUGGUCGCCAUCAUCACCAUCGAGCAGUCGGAGCACCAAAUCCUUUGGUUGACAAAGGCAUUUCUCAAGCAAUGACCGCCGUCUCUCAACUCGAACGGACGAUAUCGCGUAUCCUGCUCUUGAGAUACGAACAGGAUAUUGCGCGGCUGUUUUCAACGAGGAUCUACUCAAUAGCCCUCGUUCACCUCCCGACAUUUGUCAUGCGUUGCGUCUCGUUGGGAGGUCCUGGUUGGGCUGCGCACAAUGCAGACUCGGACGAAGUGAAGGAUUUCUUCAGGGCAGUCAUCAGUAUGGAUAUACGUCAGGCUGGAGAACGUGUUGCGACGAAGAGUAUUCUAUGGUCUUAUACGGCUUUAAGACAUUUUGCACUGUCAAACAAUGUCCCAGUAUGUCAGAAACGAGGUCUUCACUCGCUCCGUCUACUGCCGCAUUAUGAUGCGCUCAAAGCACAUCUCGAUACUCUUGAGGCCAUGCCUCCACCGGUGUUCAGUAAACCACCUCAUGUCGCUUCCCUACAUGAAGGCCAAGCAGCGCUCGAAGAAGCUUGUGAGAUCAAAUUCGGUCUGGCCAAGAAUAAGUACAAAGAUAAAGACAAGAAGGGGAAACAGGGUGGUGGUUUAGAUUUCUUCCGAGAUCAAGCUGCAGCCGCACUCAUCCCUCCCGAAUGGUCGUUUCGAGAUUCGACGGAUCCCACAGCACUAGGCCAUCCGGAGUCAACACCCGAGGAAGAAGCUCAGUGGAAGCUUCAGGUUCGAUCAGGAUAUGAGAGGGUCACGCAGACCCUGUGGCGUGUCGCGAAAGAAUUCAAUGUUCGAGGAUAUGGAACUUUACUUCGGGAGAAGUUGACUACAAAAUGGUGUGAUUGUGGAUGCUCCACCGAUCACUUAGGCGAGGUUUGCGAGAGGACCGUCAGAGAAGAUGAAGACGAUCGUCGUAGGCUACGUGAACGUGGGAGUGGAAGGGGUAAAGAUGCUGAAGGAGACAAAGAGAAUGGUCGUGAUUGUCGUGUCAGAGUUGGGAAAGGGAAGCAACGUGAGUGGGAUGGUCGAGGGAGUGGGGUGUAUGGAUGGGAUACUGAGGAAGAAGAGGAUAUAUGGGAGGUCGAGCUCGACUUUGGGGGCGUCGAUCCCGAAGAGUUGGAAGAAGGCGUAGAACCUGACAUGACCAUAGGAGAAGUCAUGGAGCUUCGAUAUCUCAAAGCCGAGAAGGCAAAAGAAGAGGGAAAUCAAGCCUUCAGGAAAGGUGACUUUGAAAAUGCCGUCAAGCACUACGAAGCUGCGCACAAAAUUGAGCCGGAACUUCCCCAUUACCAGCUCAACCUUGCAGCUGCACAUUUGAAACUCUCAAACUGGAUCGAGGCUGAAAAGGCUUGCACAAAAGCUCUGGGCCAACACCGUAGCGGGAAGGGGCUCUUCAGGCGAGCCAAGGCGAGGAAAAUGCUUGGUCGUGAAGACGAGGCUAUGAGAGACCUGCGUGCGAUUCUGAAGCUUCAACCCUCAAAUGCUGAAGCCCGUGCAGAGUUGCUGGCAUUACUCAGGGCUCAACCUACUCCGAAUAGUCCAAACCAGAAAGCUCCCUAUACCCCGCCACCUAAAUCAACAUAUCGGGAUUUCUACGUUACUUCACAAGCUGGUUCCUCCGGCUCAGGUUCGGGGUCGGGCUCAUCUUCUUCACCAUCCAGACCGCCUCCUAAUUCAGCCGAUACAUCUCAUUCAAAAGGUGCUGGAAAUAGCUCUUCGAUGGAUGCAGAAAACGACGACGAUAUUCUAUUGGGCAUACCAAAACCGAAACCUCCGAAACCGCUACCUUUUCCGGCGACUGCCGCCGAUGAGAGGAAGCUCAAGAUUGUCAUGUUUCCAGCUUCCUUUGACUCCAAGUUGAUGGAACUAGCUGCCAUGUUUGGAGGUCCUCCUCCUAGUCCAUGCGAUUUUGGGUCGUUUGGACCUGGGUAUAGUCCUGCUUUUAAUGCUGGAUUUGGAAAUGGUUAUGGGGGGCCUACUGGGAAUGGAAAUGGGUAUGCUCAUGGGUAUGGGUUUGGGGUGGACGUUAUGGAUGAGAAAGGACUUCCUAGUAAUGGGAAAGGUGUUAAUGCCUAUACGGGGAAACAUGGACGAUGUAGGUGUGGGCGGAGCCAUGGUGUUCGGAAUCGGGGUAAUAUGACUGAGAAGGAGGAGAAUGAUGCGAGGGAGAGGGAGAAGGAAAGGAUUGAAAGAGCGAAGAAGAGACAGAAGGAGAUGGAGAAGUUGAGGACGCCUAAUGUGAUCUAUCCGAGCUGGGAGAGAUACAUUGUGAAGAGGCAGGAUUAA